GCAGCCAAAUAGGCGAAGAUGGUGCUCAUCAAGGAAUACCGUGUUGUUUUGCCAUGCACAGUUGAAGAGUACCAAGUGGGUCAGUUGUACUCGGUAGCGGAGGCCAGUAAGAAUGAGACCGGAGGAGGGGAGGGCAUAGAGGUCCUCAAGAACGAGCCCUAUGAGAAAGACGGGGAAAAGGGCCAGUACACACACAAAAUCUAUCACCUGAAAAGUAAAGUGCCAGCGUUUGUGAAAAUGAUCGCUCCAGAAGGCUCUCUUGUGUUCCAUGAGAAGGCCUGGAACGCCUACCCUUACUGCCGGACCAUUGUAACGAAUGAAUACAUGAAAGACGACUUCUUCAUCAAAAUCGAGACUUGGCAUAAACCUGACCUAGGAACAGUAGAGAAUGUUCAUAAACUUGACAACUCGACAUGGAAGUCGGUGGAGGUGGUGCCCAUCGACAUCGCAGACAGGGAACAGGUCGCCCCUGGAGACUACAAGGAUGAUGAGGAUCCAGCGAUAUUCAAAUCAGCCAAGACUGGCCGUGGUCCCCUGGGCCCCAACUGGAAGAAAGAGCUGGCAAACAAGACGGACUGCCCCCGCAUGUGUGCCUACAAACUGGUCACGGUCAAGUUCAAGUGGUGGGGCCUGCAGAGCAAAGUGGAGGGCUUCAUUCACAGGCAAGAGAAGAGGAUCUUCACCAACUUCCACCGCCAACUGUUCUGCUGGAUUGACAAGUGGGUGGAGCUGACCAUGGAGGACAUCAGGAGGAUGGAGGCCGAGACGCAGAGGGAGCUGGAGGAGAUGCGCAAGACGGGCAACGUGAGGGGCACGGCUGCCGCGGAGGAGUAGCCACGUGCUGCUGCUCCUCCUGGUGUAGGGCGGAUGAUUCGGGCUGUCUUCGCAAACACGGUCAGGUGCGAGGUACCAGCGCCGCUGACGAAUGAGACCAACAUAUCACCCUUACUGCAAACAGGAAAUACGAGAGAAAAAAACGCCACCUACAAAGAGCUUCCCCCUUCCUCUCUCCUCUGCCCCAACUCGGAAACGGCCUAUCACAAACCUCGUAAUGACCUCUCAGCUAAUCAAGGAGAGGUGACAGGAGCAAGGGGUGUUUCAUUGCUGAUCAUUAGAACUGAUCUCUGACUUAUUGACCCAAUCACAGCUGCUCCCAUCACCCCAGUCCGUCGACAGAAUGAUCAGUGUUUUUUUUUUUUAGAAUGAUUGAGAAUGAUUCUUGUAGCCAAACGACCUGGGUUUAAACUGCCUUAUUUACCCUUUCAUCUCCCUUCCUCUUGCAAGUCUCUGUUCAUACCAGAAGUGCUGGUCAAGAAGAGGACAAAAAAAAAGCCGUCCAGCGCAAGACAACUCAAAAAUUAGGGAAGGCUUUCAUCAUGGCUUCAGUCCGAGCUAGCUCUUUGGGGAAGUUGUGAAAGCAGCUAGCCAGCUUAAGUCAGAAAUAGUCUUUUCAAUCAAUCUCUCCUCCUCCUCCUCUCCUCUCCUCCUCCUCUCCCUUAGUUUAUAUUAAUUUGUUUGUUCUAGUUCAUUCCACUGCAGGCAAGUUCUUGCACUUCAUGUCUGUAAUGUCUUUCCUCUCCUCUGCACCGCAAUCCUUUUUUGUUCCCUCUGCCAGAGGUGAUGUGUUUAAAAAAAAUAACACCUUUUUCAUCUGGGCAAGGUGGAACUUGUGAGGGAUUUUUUUCCUUUUUUUGUUGGUUCUUCUCUCCCUCCAUCACAUCUCCUCCGCUCUCGUGUCUUCUCCUGCCUCCACAUUCAUUAAGAGAUUAUGGUCUCGUGACAUGCUCACAACACACACACACACACACACACACACACACACACACACACACACACACACACACACACACACACACACACACUCCCAGGUGUGAAUGCUUCUGGCAUGAUGGUCUUCUCUCUAUGCCGGAAGGGCAGAACUCUGCAGGUAUCUUUUUUGUUAACUUAAGCCCUCCACUUGUUUGUUUAGGUCUUAGCCUACACACACACACACACACACACACACACACACACACACACACACACACACACACACACACAUAUUCACUGUGCAUGUGUGAAAACACACUCACAGGUACUUAAAGACAGGGCGGGUGCUUUGUUUUGACCUUCACUACAAAUGCAGCUGCUUUCGUUUGUCCCUCAUCUACUUUCUCUCGUCUUGGGCCACAGAUGAUUUACACAACAAACUCCUCUUCUUUAAGAGUGAAAGGUUGUAUACAUUAGUUCCCUUUCUGUCUCUUCCUACUCGGAGGUGCCCUGAUGCGUGAUCUUAUUCGAGAGAUAAAAUCAUACAUCCAUUGGUUCUGAUUAACACUGCGACUGCGACUGCAGUACGCUAGUUGCACCGGCCUCAGCCUCUGCCAAAGGCGCCAUUUUGUGUCUCAGUGGACAGCUUUUCACGUGUUGCCUUGAUCCGUCUCUCUCGUGAUCAACUACGCCAAGCACUUAUUUGCACACACACAUGCACACUCUCUCCCUUGCUCAUGUACGUGCACCCCUUCUCACAUUCGCACACAUGAAUACCUUGAAUGGAUGCUGAUUGAAUUGAUGUUGGUGGCUAAAUAGAAAUAAUGGGUAAAUAAUUCCACACAGACACCCCAAGUUUUUCAUAAUAUAAAGGGGUUAGCCUGUAGACAGGGCUGUGAGGAUAUCUCGAUCUCUCGAUCUCUCUCUCUCUCUCUCUCUCUCUCUCUCUCUCUCUCUUUCUCUUGUGCUUUAAGCCUUUCAGUAAGCCAUGCUGCCUUGGAUACCUCUGAUUCUGUGUUUUUAUUUUAUCUUUUUUUUUUUUUUCUUGUGCUUGUCCUCGCUGCUGACGAGUUUCGACUGCCUUUACCAGAGUCAUGAUUUGUUUAUAAGCACAAGUGUACAGUAAAUGGGCCCUGGGUAACUGUAGGCAUGGCCGCUGACAGCUUUGGCCAGGCCCCAGGGCAAAUUCAUCUGAAAGCCGACCUGAUUCAGGGCCCCCUCUCUCCAUGGGACUGGGACAACCGACCCUUGUCGGCUUCCCCUGUCUGUAGAACUUAACUCCCCUGCCAAGUUCACCACAUUUGCCUUUCCUCCCACUGACCUUUACCCUUUUUCAUUUAUAUAUACAUUGAUGACUUCUCAGAGUUGGCCUUUUUUUGUUUUCACACUCAACGACCCAACAUGGCAUGCCUUGUACAUACGGUAUCGGUUGGUUGGUGGGUUGUUGUGUUUUUUUUCCCUUCUGAGGAUUUUUUUCAAGAUGUAUAUCCAUGAGCUACGAAGCUUACAGACUCUCAACCGUAAGCAAGUGCAGAGCGCCAAUCACUGUUUUUUUAAUAAAAUGGAGCGAAUGGAGAGUUUCGAGUUUCUAUGAUGUUAGAGGCUUUACUUAUCUCUCCAACCGUUUUAGCGAGGUUAACUGUCAUUCACUACUCUUCAGAACUGGAAUGAGUAGUGAUUUCGGAAUGAGGAGUUGUUUCGGUUCCGUGAGAAGCUUUGUUAACUCCGCACCCUUCCCUAGUUGUCCCUGUAACUCACUGCUCCUCAGGGGGUCAGCAAGACACAAUCACCAGCACUUCAGUCGCCAUGUUUGCCUCUUGGCCUUUAGCAUCAUCGCUACAUAACCGCACAGUCAUUAUUCUUUUGUCAAUCUCCUGUACUUACUGUAAAAAUUGGUUUCUGGGAGUGCCUUGAACAUAUCUUGUUUUCUGUCAAUCAUUCGAAAUGAGGGUCUGACACGCUCUACAAUCUUGUUCUUCUUGAAACAUAUAAUGUCAGCUGUUAGCCAACAGGAAAAAAUGUCCCAACAACUGCUGAUCAUGCUGUUGACUAGACACCUGUGUUUGUUUUCUCUUGAUUUAAAUCAUAUACAUAUCUGCUUUGUACAGGUGUCCUGUCCUCAGUGCUUCACCUUAUUCAGUUCUACAGAUGCCAUACUUUCAAUAACCCCACAAUGUGUACCAUUUGAGGUCAAGGUGCAGUACUAAAUAAAAAAAAGAGAAACGGAUUUAAAAAAAUUAACGGCCAAAUGUGUGUCUAAACAACACGACUUUCUUGGGUCCACUCGCAUUUCCUAAUCAGGAAUGCUCAUUCAUUCAUUGUAUAGUGCAUUUUGUGAGGAACAAAAUAACUUAUGCCUUGUGUUAGUGCUUUAUUAUAGUGAAUGAAGUAGUAUUUCAGCCAUGGCCAUAGUCCUACCCCCUUUCAAAAUGGACACUGACGAGCCUUUAGCACUCUGACUACUCGUACUGUUUUCAGGCCCACCAGAACGGUGGAGAUGCCUGUUCCUGCACCAGUUACGUUUGGAACUAAAGCGCUUGCCUAUGAACCGCGCGCAUUCAUUCCUGACUCUGAAAUUGUCCGUAUGUGACCAUUUGUUAACCGGAUUAACCAGCUGACGUCCAAGUUGUCGUCAUGGUUCACAGAGAAAAAAACACAUAUUUUUAGGUUCUCAUCGCAAACCAACUCUCUGGUUCCCGAAUGCUCAAAAUUGCAGUGUGAACACACCCUGCACGCUUUGAGAUGAGGUGCGGGAUCGGGCUCUCGCACGGUUCUCUGUCGGCCUGAACGGGCCUAUAGUGGACGUUUUCAGUGCCUUGCAAUUUAAUGUUCUUGCACGUUUGCCUCACCCUUAACGGGCGUCCCCUCUCAACAUGGUUUACACAAACAGCUGAUCAUACAGAAGCGAAUUGUGCCUCUGGAAACUUGUUUUGUAGUCUUAUAAUGGUAUAUAUAUUCUAUGAUCUGUUUGUAAUCACGGUUUAAUUGCCUUAACUUUUUGUUUGUUUGUUGAAAUCGAUAAACUGUAUCUCGCAACACGGCGAAAAAAGAAAUUAAUUGUACACCAUUUUAAAUGUCUUUUCUGAUUAUGAUGAUAUAAAAUAUUCAGGGGAUGUGUUAGUUUGAAUGUAUGAUGCUGUUCUACGUUUGUUUGACCGUUUGUGUGCCUGAUCUUGUGGUUUGCAGGUAUUCCCAUGCAAACAAAAAAAAACGUAUUUGGUAAUUGAACUCAUGUCCAAUAAAUUUCAACACAGACUUUU